AUGUGUAUAGUUAUGAGGUGUUACAUUUUGGGGGCGUCACUGUCAGCGUCGCUUUUGUUAUCAUUUACAAAUAAUUUUUUAGAUUUUCAAACGAAGCUUAUUAUGUUAGGAUACUACUUCAUUUUUAUAUCCCUGUUAACAUUAUUUUUUAACGUUUUAACGUUAUCAUGUGUUAUGAAAAAAUACGGAGAUUCAGUCAAAAAUGAUAUUGCCUCAUUGAUUAUAAAUUUAUGCAUUAUUUUUUAUUUACCACUAAUUUUGUUUAUGCAAUUUUUUUCAACAAGUGAGGUAAAAUCGUUUAUCAAAUAUGUAUUCCCUAGUGUAGUUUUUCACCCGUAUGAAAAAUCAUAUAUGGAAAAUUGUAACUCGUUCGAAAAAAUACAUGACAAAUUUGACUUCUUUAUAAUAGCUCAUUUAUUUGGAUGGUUUGUUAAAGCAUUUUCAGCUCGAAAAUUUUAUCUUUUACAAGCUAACAGUAUAAUAUUUGAGUUAUUAGAAUUAAGAUUUCAACAUUUGCUUCCAAACUUUUAUGAAUGUUGGUGGGAUCAUAUAUUUUUGGAUGUUGUAGGCUGCAAUUUCAUUGGAAUUACAUUGGGCAUGUUAUUUAUAAAAUAUUUUAAUAUAGAAUUAUAUAACUGGGAAGUUCCUGAUAAAAUUAAACCAAAAAACAAGAAUAUAAUAUUUCCAGCAUUAGACAGAUUGCUCCGGAAACUUUUUAAAAAUAGUGGCACUUUGAUCGCAUAUAUUUCUUAUUCUUUAUUCUUAAAUAUUAUUGAUUUAAACUUCUUUUUUCUAAAGGCGCAAUUACAGUUACUCGAAACAAAUUUUUUAGUAUUAACACGAGAAGUCAUAGUUAUCAUAAUAGGAUUUAAGGGUGGCAAGCAUUUAUCGGAGGCAUUUUCACAGGGAUUAAAUACAAGACGAGUAUUUUAUCUUUUUUGUGCAAGUACAUGUCUUCUAUUAGAAGUCCUUUUGUCUGUAAGAUGGAUAGACAGCUUAGUAUCCGAUAAAUCGGACCUAACUAAUAUUAAGAUGAUAUGGUAUUCCAUAACAACUGUGUUAUCGUUAUUCGUGGGUUUACUUUACAUUAACGAAUGA